AUGGAAGAGACUGAGCUGGAAGCUACCGAUUUGCCAGCUCUCGCUGCAAAGGAUGAGCUCCGUGGCUUGGGAUAUUUGCCUGAUGACCAAAAUCUGUUAUUUGGAAAUGCGGCACCAACGACCUCCAAGUCAGCGUCAAAUCAAAAUACCGAGGGCAUGUCUCCAGAGAUGAGAAACGUGCUACGACCUUUGCCUCCAAAGCCCUACACAGACAUCCUAGUAGAGCGAUACCUGGAAGUCACCAAUUAUGGCUACUACUGUCUAUACCCUCCCACCUUCUCCCAAGACUACGCAGCAUGGUGGUCCGAUCGAGCCAAGGGCAGGACCCUCACACCAGAGUUCACAUGUCUACUUAUUCGGGUCUGCGCAUGCUCAGCUCAGUACCUCAACAGUGAGAUCCAGCAGAAAUUAGAAUCCGAGUUGGGUGAAUCUGUCCAGAGCCUUUCAGAAAGCUAUCAUCACGCCGCUAAGCAACUUGGCAACACGAUUCCUCCUGGAAAAGGAGGACUGGCUCAGAUUCAGCAACUCUUUCUUACGGCAGGUUGGUACAAGGCCGAGUCAUUAUUUGUCGAAUCCUGGCAUGCUUUGAGUUGUGCAAUACAUGAGGCUCAGGAGCUGGGUAUGCAUAAGCGUGCUCCACGGGCAGGCUUGUCAGAAUUCGACGUUGAAACGAGACGUCGAAUGUGGUGUCUCUUAUAUGUCUGGGAUUAG